AUGUCCAAUGAAAACAAUGAACGACAACAAGAUUCAUCUGAUGUCAAUUCUAAUCAUGAAAAAAUUUCACCAUUAUCAAGCCGUUUUCUAGUUGCACAUUCAUCGCCAGUACAUGAAUCAACAACUGACGUAAUUACUCGUAUACAAGAUGAUUCAUUUCAAUCAUCAUCAUCAAAUUCAAAAAGUAGUUCAAGUACGACAAGUCGUUCAUCACGUCGUCAAUUUUUAAUUAUACAACAUCAGUCGGCUGUUAAUUCACCAUUAAUGUAUUCACGUUGUACUUCAUUGGGUUCAUUAUCAAGUUAUGAUAUACGAUCAUCAUGUAAUGAUUCAUAUACAUCUGAAUGUAGUUCAAUAAAACCGUCCGGUAUAAUAUCGCCAAGUGACAUACCUGAUUCACCACCAUGUGAACCAGAAAUAGUUGAAGAAGAACAUGAACAUAUAAAACAUAAUAAUCGUACAUUAACUAUGAAUACAACAUCAAGUCAUAAUCGAACAACAAUGAUGGGUGAAACAGUUAUUGAAAAAACUUUUAUAUUUAAUCAACAUGAGAUAAUUUCAAAUCAAAAUAAUGAUAAUGACCAUGAUGAUAAUGAACAUCUCGAUGAAGUUAUUGUUUAUUCAUCUGAGACAUCUGAUAUAAAUCAAAAUCACAUUAAUAAAUCAUUAUAUAAUAAUGAAAUUAUCUUUGAUGAUGAUACUUAUCGUAUAUUUAAUAGUCAAAUUGAUGAAAAUGAUUUACUUAUUGAUGAUAAUAAUAUACAAAACGAAUCAUUGUUUAAUGCUUCUUUACAUGAAAAUUUAAGUAUUAUUACAGAAGAAUCUUCCUUUAUUGAAGAUACUAAUUCGAAUGAUGAAAAUAGUAGUAUUAAAAUUCUUUAUGAUCUUAUUAAAAAACCACAUUGGACAAAAAAAAAUAAUUUACUAGAACAACAAUUAUUAACUGAUUCAUCAAAAAAUUGUAAUACUUCAUUUAGUAGUAGUCCUAGUAGUCUUAGUCUUGAUAGUAAUAGUAAUGAUCAAACAGAUGAUGAUGAUGAAUAUGAUCCAGAAAAAGGUCGACAAUUAAUACAACGUCUUAUUGAAGAAACACUUGCUCGAAGAUCUCUGCCGACAGACUUUCUUCAUUCAACUUCAUGUGUCCUUUGUCCAUCAAAUACACCAAUGACUAUACCAACACGAAGUAUAUCAUCAUCAUCAUCAAGUUCAAUAUCGACAUCGACGAAAUCUUGUACAUGUACAACCAACAGAUCAUCAAAUAUAAUUCAACAACCACAACGUAGUCAAAGUUCACCAGCUAGACCUUCGACAAUUGCAAUAGAUGGAUUAAAACGACAAGCAACCAAGCUGAAUGAGAAGACAGUACAUCAUACUCGCUCAUCAUUUUUACGUCUUCGUCAAGCUCAACAAAAUAAACGACUCUAUCAACAAGAUAAAAAAUUCUAG